GUGACUUUUCAAAAGAUCCAACACGGAAGCAUCUCAUGAGGCGACGUGCCACCGUCGCAGCAUGGAGCUUUGCCCUCGCAUGGCUGGGUGCUGCAUCUCCUAUCCUUCUGAGCGUCGACAUCAAUGUCCAAGGAAAGCACGUUCCGCUGGCGUUUCCACAAGGUCUCGAGCCAAUCGACGUCAUCGAGCGCUUUCGUACCGACCACGCGCUGCCACUCGACUUUCAACAACGCGCGUUGCAGACGGUAUGCCAAUCCAUCCCAUGCACGCGCGCAUCCCCCAUCGUGUUUGCCACUACCAUUCACGGUGACAACAACGAAUUCCUCGGCGACUUUCAGUUGAUGCAAGGCGACGAGCCCGCCGACGCCGUUGCGGCGUUUUGCCGCCGGCACAGCAUUCCCCGCGCAUUUCAACUCAACAUGUUGCAUUCCAUAUGCAAUCAACCCGUCGUCCGUUGUUCGCGUCGCGAUGCGCUGCUCUUUCGACAGCCCAUUCUCGACGAAACGGGCGCGAUGCUCGGAACUCUUGAGAUAUACGACAACCAGGAACCGGUCGACGCAAUAUUCGCUUUUCUACAGCCCAUGCGGACGUCGUCUUCCACUGUGGCAUUUGAGUUCAUGCUUCGGCAACUUCUCCAAGUUGUGUGCCAGCCUGCGAUCGCCACGUGUACCCGAACGAUUCCCCGCCUCUUCCACCACCCCAUUGUCGGUCCCGACGGCACCGACUACGGCGUCCUUGACAUUUUGUACGGUCAAGAGCCCGUCGACGCCAUCUUCUCCUUCGCGCAGGAGUUUGAGGAAUCCGUCCGUGGCUCGGCGGUUGGCUCGUCGGCGCCAUUGUCCAUGACCAUGGAUGCGACCAUGCAACGCAAUCUGUUGGCCACCGUGUGCACCGAUCCGUUGGUGGCUCCUUCUUGCACGCGGGACCGCGCGAUUGUGUUUUCUGCGCCGAUUCAGUUUGACACCUCGGACGACAUGCAAAGUCCGCCGGUGCUGACGCUGUAUGCCGGCGAUGAAGUCGCCGAUGUCCUCUUCCAUUUUAGUCGAAACGAGAACCUGACGUUUCCAAUGCGACGCCAGCUCUUUACCAUGUUGUGCAACCGGCCUCCGAUCACAUGCACGCGGGGCCACGCCGUCGUGUACAGGCGGUCAUUCUCCAUUGCGAACAUUGCCGACCCGGUGGGUCCGCUACAAGUAUUUGAAGGCGACGAGCCCGCCGAUCGCGUGUUCGAGCUUGCCGACCGGUUUAACUUGUCGUCCGUCGUGCGGGAUCAAAUACUCAAUACGGUGUGCGUCGAUAUCAAAGCUGCUAUCAACGUGACGUGCACGCGCUUUGCCCCUGUCGUGUUUCAAAUCCCAAUCACAAAGAAUGCCUCGGAGCCACCCGUCGGGAUGCUCCAAAUCUUGCAAGGCGAGGAACCCGUAGACGCGAUCUUUCGCUUUGGCCACGAGCAUGACUUGAGCCCGGAAGCACAGGCUUCUAUGCUGCCUGGGGUGUGUGAGGCCAGUCAGCUCCCAUGCACUCGAACACGCAGCCUGCGCCACGUUGCCGUGCGCGACCAACUCGGGAUUCCAUUCUUUGCCGAUGAUGAGCCUGCCGAUGUAGUGUACUGGUAUGGCACCUCGCGGAACUGGACGUUGAUGGAGCGCAAGCAAUGGCUGGCCGAAUUGUGCCAGAUUCAAAGGGCGGGCGAACCAUUGCUCAACUGCACGCGGGCCGAAGCCAGGUUGUUUCACCUUCCAGUGAUGGAAACUGCAGACAAAGAAAUCGGCACGCUCGAAGUGCUCGAAGACCAAGAGCCCAUCGACCAAGUGUACGCGUUCCUGGAGAAGCAUGACCUAUUUCAGACCGCCCCCGUCAACGAAAGCCUGGCCAACAUCACGUGCCAGCACGUUCCGUGCACCCGCCUUCGUCCCCGCCGCAUUCUCUUUACGAUGCAAGCAACAUACCUCGGUCUCAAGCACUCGAUUCAACUUGUCCAGCCAGAAGAAGACUGGGUGUGCGCCGAGAGCUUUGGCAGCAAGAAAUGCCAGCACUAUGUCCAAGUGAAAAGCAUCGAGUAUUGCGCCAAGCACAUGCCGAGUUGGGCCGAGUGCGAAGACGUAAUGGGGAACGCCUUGCGGCAACAUUUGACGUACUACGAAGAAGAUUUGUGGAAGAAACCGAACGGGAAAGAUUUGUAUGCAAAACUCGGGCUCGUCAAAGGCGCCACAUCCGACGAGAUCGAAGCCGCCUACCAUGCGCUCGUCCUUCGCUUCAACAACGAAACGGAGCCGCAAAAGUACGAAAAGCUUCGCGCCGCGUACGACACGCUCCACGACCCCGUCAAAAAGUACUAUUACGACCUCCCGUGCUUGAAAUUCUUUGGGCUGUGCGGAAAACGCCAAGCGGACGGCGGCAUUUCGAUCUCCAUGGACAAUUGAUUGCUUGAAACAUGACAUGAUGUCUCUUUGUGA